CGCAGCCCGGGCGGCCCGAGCCUCGCCGCCGCCAACGCCGCCGCCUCCGCGGCAGCCCCGGUUGGCGCAAGUGCGGCGCACGCAGCGGGAGGGGGCGACGGAGGCUGAAGCUGGCUUCGGGCCGCCGGUGCUCGGGCGGGAUUAAGUUUCUCGGUCGCGCGGGAGCGUCUGUGCGCGUUCAUUCCGAAGCUCCUCGCCGGGCCGUUACUUCGCGACAGAAGAGAGCAAGCGUGGGCGAGGCGAGGCUCCCCGCGUCCCCACCCCCUGCCCCUUUAGCGUUCCCGCCGAGGGCGGCCGUCGCGAGCCGGAGUUCCAUUGUAGUUGUUGGUUUAUAAUCAUUCUAAAGAAGAACAUUGAAAUUUGGAAAAAAAAUGUUAGAAACUAUAGACAAAAAUCGGGCUGUGCAGGCAGCAGAGCGCUUGCAGGCCAAGCUGCGGGAACGUGGGGAUGCAGCAAAUGAAGACAAACUGAACCUUCUCAAGUCAGUGCUGCAGAGCCCGCUCUUCAGCCAGAUUCUGAACCUUCAGACUUCCAUACAGCAGCUGAAAGACGAGGUAAACAUUGCAACUUCAACAAUUUCAAAUGUCGAGUAUGGUCAUAUUCCGCAUCUCAGCCCAGGUGUAAUUCCUACUCUACAAAAUGAAUCAUUUUUAUCAUCCCCAAAUAAUGGAAAUCUGGAAGUUCUUACAGGAUUGGGUACUACUGCACACAUCAAUGGGAAACCUGCUUGUGAUGAAUUUGAUCAACUGAUCAAAAAUAUGGCCCAGGGUCGCCAGGUAGAGGUUUUUGAGCUCCUCAAGCCUCCAUGUGGAGGCCUUGGGUUCAGUGUGGUGGGACUGAGGAGUGAAAACCGGGGAGAGCUGGGUAUAUUUGUGCAGGAGAUCCAGGAGGGCAGUGUGGCCCACAGAGAUGGAAGAUUGAAGGAAACUGACCAAAUCCUUGCUAUUAAUGGACAGGCACUGGAUCAGACAAUUACACAUCAGCAGGCCAUCAGCAUCCUGCAGAAAGCCAAAGAUACUGUCCAGCUGGUUAUAGCCAGAGGCUCAUUGCCUCAGCUUAUCAGCCCCAUAGUUUCCCGUUCUCCAUCUGCAGCGAGCACAAUUUCAGCUCAUUCUAACCCGGUUCACUGGCAGCAUGUGGAAACUAUUGAAUUGGUUAAUGACGGUUCUGGUCUGGGCUUUGGCAUCGUAGGAGGAAAAGCAACUGGUGUGAUUGUGAAGACCAUUCUGCCUGGAGGUGUAGCUGAUCAGCAUGGGCGAUUAUGCAGUGGAGACCACAUUCUAAGGAUUGGUGAUACAGAUCUAGCAGGAAUGAGCAGUGAGCAGGUAGCCCAAGUCCUCAGACAGUGUGGAAAUAGAGUGAAGUUGAUGAUUGCAAGAGGUGCCAUUGAAGAACCAACAGCACCUACCUCUUUGGGCAUCACCCUUUCCUCAUCCCCAGCUUCUACGCCAGAAAUGAGGGUUGAUGCUUCAACUCAGAAAAGUGAAGAAAGUGAGACAUUUGACGUAGAACUCACUAAAAAUGUCCAAGGAUUAGGAAUUACUAUUGCUGGAUACAUUGGAGAUAAAAAAUUAGAACCUUCAGGGAUCUUUGUUAAGAGCAUUACAAAGAGCAGUGCCGUGGAACAUGAUGGAAGAAUCCAAAUUGGAGACCAAAUUAUAGCAGUAGAUGGCACAAACCUUCAGGGCUUUACCAAUCAACAAGCAGUGGAGGUGUUGCGGCACACAGGGCAGACUGUGCAGCUGACGCUAAUGAGAAGAGCUAAGCAGGAUGCUGAACUGGCGUCACGGGAGGACGUCACAAAAGAUGCAGUUUUGUCUCCUGUUAAUGCAGAUGUUAGCAAAGAUAAUUAUCAAGAAGAUGAAGAUUCUUUAUCUCUGAGGAGAAACACCAGCAUAUUACCAAUUGAAGAAGAAGGUAAACACAUGGAGCCAGUGUCAGCUGAGCGAGAAGAAAUAGAAGAUGCUCAACAACAGGAAGCUGCCCUGCUGACCAAGUGGCAAAGGAUUAUGGGGAUUAAUUAUGAAAUUGUGGUGGCUCAUGUGAGCAAGUUCAGCGAGAACAGUGGGUUGGGAAUAAGUCUGGAAGCAACAGUAGGCCAUCAUUUUAUUCGAUCUGUCCUCCCGGAAGGUCCUGUUGGACACAGUGGGAAGCUUUUCAGUGGAGAUGAGCUGUUGGAAGUGAAUGGCAUAACUCUACUUGGGGAGAAUCACCAGGAGGUGGUGACCAUAUUAAAAGAGCUACCUAUAGAGGUGACAAUGGUGUGCUGUCGUCGAACGGUGCCACCUACUGCCCCGUCAGAGUUGGAGAGCCUGGACUUAUGUGACAUUGAACUAACAGAAAAGCCUCACGUAGAUCUAGGUGAGUUCAUCGGGUCCUCGGAGACAGAGGAUCCUGUGCUGACUAUGACUGAUGUGGAUCAGAAUGCAGAGGAAGUUCAAGGACCUUUGGCUAUGUGGGAAGCCGACAUUCAGAACAUAGAGCUGGAGAAAGGGAGCAAAGGACUUGGUUUUAGCAUUUUAGAUUACCAGGAUCCAGUUGAUCCAGCAAGCACUGUGAUCGUCAUUCGUUCUUUGGUGCCUGGUGGAAUUGCCGAAAAGGAUGGACGACUUCUUCCUGGAGAUCGACUCAUGUUUGUUAAUGAUGUUAACUUGGAAAACAGCAGUCUCGAAGAAGCUGUCCAGGCCCUGAAGGGUGCACCAUCAGGAACUGUGAGAAUAGGAGUUGCCAAGCCUUUGCCUCUGUCCCCAGAAGAGGGUUAUGUUUCUGCUAAGGAGGAUUCCUUUCUCUACCCGCCACAUUCCUGCGAGGAGGAAGGGCUGGCUGAUAAAGCCCUCUUCAGGGCUGACUUGGCUCUGGUGAACGCAAAUGAUGCUGACUUAGCAGAUGAAUCUGCCUUUGAGUCGCAGUACUCUCCUGAUAAUGGCAGUAUCUACUCCACUCAAGCCUCUAUUUUAUCUCUUCACAGCAGUGCUUGUAGUGAUAACCUGAAUUACGGUCCCUCCCUUCCAUCUUCUCCUCCCAAGGAUAUUACUGAAAAUUCCUCAGAUUCAGUACUUGAUCUGCAGAUGUCCUUGGAGGAGCUAUAUGCCCAAAAUCUCUUGCAAAGACAGGAUGAGAGUGUGCCUUCAGUGAACUUGAGCAUGGGGCCGGCUUCUGGCUUUACCAUGAAUGACUAUACACCUGCAAAUGCUAUUGAACAGCACUAUGAAUGUGACAGCUUAAGAGCGUGGACUGAAUCUCACCUACCAAAUGAAGUUGCAUCAAGUGCAGAGCUGAAUUCUCCUGUGCUGACUGAUUCGACUGGAAAGGGCUCCAAGUUCUUAAUUCCACAAGGUUCCCUGGCCUCUGCUGCUGAGUGUGUCAUGCUCCAAAAUACACCCAGAGAAUCUUUCGAGAGGACUAUUGUGAUAGCAAAAGGCAAUUCUAGCUUAGGAAUGACAGUAAGUGCUAAUAAAGACGGCUUGGGGGUGAUUGUUCGAAGCAUUAUUCACGGAGGUGCCAUUAGCCGAGAUGGUCGGAUUGCUGUUGGGGACUGCCUCUUGUGUAUUAAUGAAGAAUCUACUAUCAGUUUAACCAAUGCCCAGGCACGAGCCCUGUUGAGAAGACAUUCUCUCAUUGGGCCUGACAUAAAAAUUACUUAUGUACCUGCAGAAUAUUUGGAAGAGUUCAAAAUAAGCUUGGGGCAGCAAUCUGGAGGAAUAAUGGCACUGGAUAUUUUUGCUUCCUACACUGGCAGAGACAUUCCAGAGCUACCAGAGAGAGAAGAAGGAGAGGGGGAAGAAAGUGACCUUCAAAAUGCAGCCUACAGCAACUGGAAUCAGCCUCGGCGGGUUGAACUUUGGCGAGAACCAAGCAAAUCCUUGGGAAUCAGCAUUGUUGGUGGACGAGGGAUGGGGAGUCGUCUAAGCAAUGGUGAAGUGAUGAGGGGCAUUUUCAUCAAACAUGUUCUUGAAGAUAGUCCAGCUGGCAAAAAUGGAACCCUGAAACCUGGAGAUAGAAUAGUAGAGGUGGAUGGCAUGGACCUCAGAGAUGCAAGCCAUGAACAAGCUGUGGAAGCCAUUCGGAAAGCAGGCAACCCUGUAGUCUUUCUGGUACAGAGCAUUAUAAACAGACCAAGGAAAUCCCCUUUGCCUUCCUUGCCGCACAACCUUUACCCUAAGUACAAGUUCAGCAGCACUAACCCAUUUGCUGAUUCUCUACAGUUCACCGCUGACAAGGCAUUACAGAAAUCAAGUAGAGUUCUCUUCCGUUGUUCCCCAACUAAUCCUUUUGCUCCCACACCAUUUAAGGUGCCCAGUCAGUCAGAAUCAGAGCCAGAAAAGCCUCCUCUGUGCCACUCGCCUCCACCCCUGCCUCCAGUGUUGGCAGAAAUGAGUGGCGAUCACGCUCUGUCAUCUGCAAAUGAAACCUCAGAAGAUGUGGAUGAAGAGGAUGAGUUUGGUUACAGCUGGAAAAAUAUCAGAGAACGUUACGGAACCCUCACAGGCGAGCUCCACAUGAUCGAACUAGAGAAAGGUCGUAGUGGUUUGGGUCUGAGUCUUGCUGGGAACAAAGACCGAUCAAGGAUGAGUGUUUUUAUAGUGGGGAUUGAUCCAAACGGAGCAGCUGGGAAAGAUGGUCAACUGCAGAUUGCAGAUGAGCUUCUAGAGAUCAAUGGUCAAAUUUUAUAUGGAAGAAGUCAUCAGAAUGCUUCAUCAAUCAUCAAAUGUGCCCCUUCUAAAGUAAAAAUAAUUUUUAUCAGAAAUAAAGAUGCAGUGAGUCAGAUGGCUGUAUGUCCUGGGCAUACAGUGGAACCCUCGCCGGCUACAUCGGAGAAUCUUCAAAAUAAGGAGGCUGAACCGAGUGGUAUUACUUCUGACGCAGUUGUUGACCUCAGUUCAUUGACAAACGUGCAACAUCUAGAACUUCCUAAGGAUCAGGGGGGUUUGGGCAUUGCCAUAAGUGAAGAAGAUACACUCAGUGGGGUCAUCAUAAAGAGUCUAACAGAGCAUGGGGCAGCAGCCAAGGAUGGACGGCUGAAAGUUGGAGAUCAGAUCUUGGCUGUCGAUGAUGAAGUUGUUGUUGGCUAUCCUGUUGAAAAGUUUAUUAACCUUCUGAAAACUGCAAAGACAAAAGUGAAAUUGACGAUCCGCGCUGAGAAUCCAGACUCCCAGGCUACUACUUCAGGAACUGAUACAGCCAAUGGAGAAAGGAAGAGCAGCCCCCAGUCUCCAGUGGUCCCACUGCCUAGCUCUCCGGAACCAGAGCCCACGCGAAGUACAAGCAGGUCGUCAACACCAGCAAUCUUCGCUUCUGAUCCUGCAACCUGCCCCAUCAUCCCAGGCUGUGAAACAACAAUUGAGAUUUCCAAAGGGCGGACAGGACUGGGCCUGAGCAUUGUUGGGGGGUCCGACACACUGCUGGGUGCCAUUAUUAUCCAUGAAGUUUAUGAAGAAGGAGCAGCAUGUAAAGAUGGAAGACUCUGGGCUGGAGAUCAGAUUUUAGAGGUAAAUGGAAUUGACUUGAGGAAGGCCACACAUGAUGAAGCAAUAAAUGUCCUAAGACAAACACCACAAAGGGUGCUCCUGACGCUGUACAGAGAUGAGGCCCCAUACAAAGAGGAGGACGUGUAUGACACCCUCACCGUAGAGCUGCAGAAGAAGCCAGGGAAAGGCCUGGGGUUGAGUAUUGUUGGUAAAAGAAAUGAUACUGGAGUGUUUGUGUCCGAUGUUGUCAAAGGAGGCAUUGCAGAUGCUGAUGGGCGACUGCUACAGGGAGACCAGAUACUGAUGGUGAAUGGAGAAGACGUCCGCCAUGCAACGCAGGAAGCGGUUGCGGCUCUGCUGAAGUGUUCCCUAGGCACAGUAACCUUGGAAGUUGGAAGAGUCAAAACUGGUCCAUUCCAUUCGGAGAGGAGACCUUCUCAAAGCAGCCAGAUGAGUGAAGCCAGCCUGUCCUCAUUCACUUUUCCACUUUCGGGAUCCGGUACAUCUGAGUUACUGGAAAGUAGUUCAAAGAAGAAUGCACUGGCAUCUGAAAUACAGGGAUUAAGAACUGUUGAAAUUAAAAAGGGGCCCACUGACUCAUUGGGUAUCAGCAUUGCUGGAGGAGUGGGCAGUCCACUGGGUGAUGUUCCUAUAUUUAUUGCAAUGAUGCACCCGAAUGGAGUUGCAGCUCAGACGCAGAAACUCAGAGUUGGGGAUAGGAUUGUCAGUAUCUGUGGCACAUCCACUGAGGGGAUGACUCACACCCAGGCAGUUAACUUACUGAAAAAUGCCCCUGGCUCCAUUGAAAUGCAGGUGGUUGCUGGCGGAGACGUGAGUGUGGUCACAGGUCAUCAACAGGAGCCUGCCAGUUCUAGUCUUUCUCUCACUGGGCUGACGUCAAGUAGUAUAUUUCAAGAUGACUUAGGGCCUCCUCAGUGUAAGUCAAUUACACUAGACCGAGGACCAGAUGGCUUAGGCUUCAGUAUAGUAGGAGGAUAUGGCAGUCCUCAUGGAGACUUACCCAUUUACGUUAAAACAGUGUUUGCGAAGGGAGCAGCCUCCGAAGAUGGCCGUCUAAAGAGGGGUGAUCAGAUCAUUGCUGUCAAUGGGCAGAGUCUGGAAGGGGUAACCCACGAAGAAGCUGUUGCCAUCCUUAAGCGGACAAAAGGCACUAUCACUUUGAUGGUUCUCUCCUGAAUUUGCUGCCAGAAUUGAGCCACUUCAACUUCUCCCUCACAUCCCACACUAUAAAGAGAGUGAUCCUGCAUAUUCUUCCCAGGCUGUGUUCACUGGGCUCUUCAGUCCUGUAGGAAAAAAAAAAAUAACAUUUAAGUUUGUUUUGUCAUAUGGAAAUGAUUUUCUUACUGACACUCUAGCAUCACUUUCCCAUUCUCUUUAUAUUUUGUGAUGUAAACUCAAAGAGAAGGGCUCUUUGUUUGCAUAGAUAAAGCUGGUCUUUCUUCCUGAAGAUACCUGACAUUUUAUAAUCAGGUGGGCAAAUUUUAAUGUAUGAUCAGUGUUUAGUAGAGAAAGAAAAAGUCACUCAAAAGCUAACCAAGGAGAAGUGGCUUCAUGAAAUUAAGGUGAAAAAUGAAAGUAUAAGGAAGAAAAUCUCGAGUUUUAUAAAAAUGUAUUUUGUUAAUCUACCUUCUCUCCCCACUUCUAAGGAAAGUUAUACUGAAAGUCUUUAAAAAUUCUUUCAGUAUUUAAUUAUUUUAAAUAUUACUUAUUAAACAUUGCAUCUCCUAGCUCUAAUAUAUACAUAUAUAGUUUUCUCCAAAAAUGGGCUUCAUGAUCAAGUAAAAUAGCAGCAAUAGGAAUCAAUGUCCCUGAGUUUGUAAAGAAACCAUUUAUUGCACAUCUUGAGGUUCAUUUUCAUUUUUGACAUAAAAUAUUUCACCUUUCUAUAAGUAAAAUGAUGGCUUUAUCCUGUAUUGACUAUGGUUUCUCUAGAAAGCCUCCAUGCUAACCAUGAAGGAGCGUGGAAGUUUCUCUGAAUUGUUAGUUCUGGUAUUAAGGGAUGCUUUGCUGAAAAUAUGUCUGUGUGCUGUGCAAUUGGUUUUCAGUUAGUAUUAAUCUUAAUGACAGAGAAAAAAGCAGUGUGUUGGUAAUUAUUUUGGUUGUAUGCCAUUAGUAAAUUGAUAGAAAAAUUAAGGGGAUUAACAUAACUUCAUUUCAUUGCCUUAUAUUAACAUCUUAUAAUACAAUAGUUUAAGACUAAGGGAAACAGAUGGAGCUGUUUAUUGAGACAACUGGUGAGGAAUUAUCAUGUGUUCAUUCCCAUUUUAGAGCGUGAAACUCCUACAUUAGAAUAUAUAAAGUCAUUUUGAAUAUUAUCUAUAUUUGUAACAAAAGUAGUGUACAGAUAUUUUAUUACAGCACUUUUGUGUAAAUGCAGAAUUGAAGUGAAUAAAAAGUUUCAUGGUGCACCAAAAAAAAAAAAAAAGGCAGGCAUAUUAUUUUUUGUUCUUUUCACUGGGAAAGAGCUUUAUUGUUCAAAAUUUGCAAUUUAAAAUUGGUUUUUAUCAUGUCUAACUGAACAUAUGGUGUCCAUAGUUACAGUUAGAGGAACUUUGGACAACUGCAUUAUGAAAAGCUCAAUGUUUUUUAUGCUAAAGAUUCAUAAACUCUGCAUAGAGUGGAGGAAGAAAACAGUAUUGAAGAAAGAGAGGUGUUGUGCCUGUAUGUGCUUUCUGAAAUGCUGAGUGAAGCAGUGUUUUGAGUUGUUCUUUAGAGGGGUCAAGAGCUAAAGCAUGUUCAGAUAGAAAAAGUCAUAAUGAAAAUUAUUUUUAAUAAGAUGAGAAAUAUGAUUUGAACCCUGAGCAAGGAAUUGGAGAACCUUUGUUCUGCCAGUUCUUUCCCUAAUUAGCUGAUGAACAUAUUCAUUCCCUCUGAUUUAUCUCCUGUGUGAAGUGAUAGGUUAUUUUAUCCCAAAUCUUGUUGUCAAGUUCUAAAAUAUAAAAAUUCUGUGAUUCUUAGAUAUACAAAAUGAAUGGAUAGAGCUACACGUUGCAAGAAUUCAGGAGAUGUCCUUCCCAACUAACUCUUAUAAGCUGAGAUACCUGAUGCUGCAAAAUGAAUUUCAGGAUCCCAGUGACACAGUCAACUUCUUAGUCUCCAAGGAAUGGCCCUUCAUCAUGAAGGCAUGUCAGGAUCCUCUCAUGGUUGGCUGCUGGAAGCUGAGCCACCCACUUUUAUCUUUUAACUAGCAAAGGUCUUAUGGAGGCCACUCUAUGGCAUGCCCUAGGAAGGCAAGUUAACCAAUGAAUGUUGGCUUGAGUAUGUGUGUGAGAGUACUACAGUGACAUCAGCCCAAUAGGUAACUGAACUAUUCUGUGUAGCAUUGCCCCCAAAAUUAUGUCUCCCAGGAACCUCAGAAUGUGACCUUGUUUAGAAACAGGGUAUUUGUAGAUGUAGUCAGUUCAGUUAAAAUGAAAUCAUGCUGGAUUUCAGUAGGCCCAAAAUCCUUAAGAGAAAGCCAGGCAGAGACAGAAAGACAUAGAAGACCAUGUAAAGAUAGGGAACAAAAAACAAACAAAAAAAUAUCUGCGGCCACCAGAAGCUUGACGAGACUAGGAAGAAUUUUUCCCUGGAGUCUUCGGAGACACCUUGUCCCUUAAUUUCAGACAUCUGGCCUCCAGAACACUGAGAAUAAAUGUCUGCUCUUGUAAACCACCUCAUGUGUAGUACUUUGCAAUGGAAGCCCUAGGACACACUUAAUAGAAUAUCUUGGAUGUUUUUAUAUUCUUAGCUACCAUUGCUGUGCCUGGCAAAUAGGAGAGACUGUAUACAUUUUUAUUCAGUAUGCAGAUGAUUGAAUUAUAAGUUGUGGUUAAUUUCAUGGUAUUACCAUGUUUUAGUUAAGCUAGCUAUGGCCUUUAUAUUGAAUUCAAAACAAAGCAGUGGGAAUGCCACUUAGGGGUGUGAAACACUAGGGGAAAGCGUCCCUCCUGAACUGUUAAUUAACAAAGUCGAAGCAUGUGGAUGAGAAGAGAAGGAGGGAAGAAAGGAAGGAAAAGAAGAUUUGAGAGGCAAGGAAUACAGAUGCAUCAGCAUUAGAGAAUGACAGAGGCUUAUGCUUCUUAUAUUAUUCCUUCUUGGAAACAUAAGAUUUCUCUGUGCGGAAGGAAGAAAGUAUUUGAGCAAAGAGUUUGAAGACUUGAACAUUAUAGUAUUAAUGCCAAAUGCAACUCAAGACCAUGUACAACUCAUGAUUGUGGCUUGCCCGUAAUAGGUCCAGUAUAUUUGCUUUUGUGAUUAAAUCACAUCGAUGAAUGCCAGACAUUUCUGGUUUAUUUGUGACAUCUUCUGAAAGAUGAUGAUAGUGAAAAUGAUGAUGUGUUUAAUUUCAACAUCUGCUGAUACAUAGCAGCUGAUGUUGCAGUGUGGUGUAGCAGGUCAGUAGAACCCAUUUAUCAGAAUAGUGAUGGAAUUGGAAACAUGAAAGAUUAAAAUUCAUGAAAGACAAGAAAAAGAAUUUUUUUUCUAUUUUAAGGCUCUUGAUAAAGCAGGUUUUGAUUGAUUCAAAGAAGCAAAGGAAGCUCUUCCCUGCUCUGAGAUUACUGUGCCAAGCUGCCUUAGAUCUGGUCAUCUAGCUUACUGUCUGAGAAUGCCAGACAGUGAUUUAGUGCCUUUCUUCAGAUCUCCAUCAUGGUGAGUGGAGAAGUUGAAAGGAUGCCUGCAGGGAGACAAGAAUCAAUAAGCUUUUGAGGUCUAGGUGUGGCGAUGUCAGAACUAUCAUCACCUGCUUUCAGCAGCCCUGGUGUGUUGUUUCGUGUCAGUGACAAGUAUUCUGGAAUGCAUUUGAUUUGUGCAAAGAUGUUCCUCAACUUUGUCUACCAAAAAGUAAUGUUUAACUUUGACUCUUCCUAAAGGGAGUUAUUUUAUUUUUAUGGCAGGAUUGGACUCUGUUACCUCAAGGAAGGAAAAAAUGUUGGUGGCAGGAACAUUUCUAAAUGAAGAGUGUGGAGACUAGGAAAGCAAAUGUGGUUACUAUGAUUUUUGUAUAAUUGACCUUGCAGCUUUUUGCCUUCAAAAUACAGUUACUCCAUUUUAUGUAAAUUAGAAAAAAAUUAUAUCAUUUUUCUAGGAAUUUUAUUUAUCAUUCAAGUACUGGUAAGUUCAGUCAUAGGCCCUACAAAGGAAUUCUUUCAAGACAGUGACAGACGAAUGGUAGUGACCUCAGAAUUCUCUCACGGAAAAUGUUUCUUGAUGUUUCAAAAAAAUUACAACCAUCAUCAAAAAGGCAACUUCUAAGAGGGUGCUUUAACUUGUUCAUUUAAUAAACGAUAUUUUCCAGAAA